GAGAGGGAUUUUGCUGUGUCACGGUCUGCGGAUUUUUAUCUGUUUAAUUUUUUUCAAUAAAUUAAUUUAAAAAAAAAAACCAAAUGAAGGAGAGAAGGUCGUGUCAAAAGUCGUCCUUUCAACCAGGAAUGGCCGCGAGUCAGAACCUGAAGUGUAAGAUAGUGGUGGUGGGAGACGGUCAGUGUGGAAAGACUGCUUUACUUCACGUCUUUGCUAAAGACUGUUUCCCUGAAAACUAUGUGCCCACCGUGUUUGAGAAUUACACAGCAAGUUUUGAGAUUGACUCUCAGAGGAUUGAGCUCAGCCUGUGGGACACCUCAGGCUCACCGUACUAUGAUAACGUCCGGCCGCUUUCGUACCCUGACUCGGACGCAGUCAUCAUCUGCUUCGAUAUCAGCCGCCCGGAGACGCUGGACAGUGUCAUUAAAAAGUGGAAAGGAGAGAUCCAGGAGUUCUGUCCGAACACGAAGAUGCUGCUAGUGGGCUGCAAGUCGGAUUUGAGAACAGACCUGAACACAUUGGUGGAGCUGUCCAAUCACAGACAGAUGCCAGUGUCGUAUGAUCAGGGUUCAGCGAUGGCUAAACAGAUCUCUGCGCCGUACAUCGAGUGCUCAGCGCAGCAGUCUGAGAACAGUGUGCGGGACAUCUUCCACGUAGCGACGCUCGCCUGCGUCAACAAGAACAACAAAACCGUCAAACGCAACAAAACUGCACGCUCGACCAAGCGCAUCUCGCACAUGCCCGGCAGGCCUGACUUGGCUGCCGUCGCAACGGACUUUCGCAAGGACAAAGCGAAGAGCUGCACAGUCAUGUGAUCUUACCUAGAGAAAAAGGCAUUCUGGGAUGUGCGGGUGGAGAACCAGUGGGAGAAUGGCGGAGAUGGCUGGGGGAAAACAAAGGAGAGGAAAAAAAAAGAAACGGGAUAAGUGUGAAAGAGGAACAGCUGAGGAGAGACUCGUUCCUGUAAUCUGACAGCAAGUUAAAACUGUCCUCAUGCCAUGCCUUGUCUACCCCCCCUUCCAACCCCUCUAACCAUGUAUCCCCCCUCUCCCCCGCUUAGAGGAAGUGCACUAACAAGAGGCCGCACUUCCGGAUCCUGAGAAACACACACUUCCUGAUGGGAAGCGAAACAGGAACUUGUGGCUUCAGCUAAAUUUACCAAGAGGAAUCGGUUUUGAAGUUGAACCAUGAUAUCUGAGAUGUCUUACAUUUAACAUUGUCUUGCUAAGAACAAAAAAGUAAGGUCGAGGAAAACGCACAGCUUUGAAAGUGAGAUAAAAGAAACAAACGUUCUUUUAGUCUUCACUGAAACUAACGUGAGCAGAAGAGAGAGAGUGAAGAGAUCUGUUCAUCACUGUGCUUAAGAUUGACUUCUCUUUUUUUGCAUGGCUGCUUAUCCAGAUGUUCGCUCUCUACAGCUGAGCUCAGCUAAAAUUUCUUGAACACACAUGGUCACCAUGGAUACACCACGUCGACAACCCAUUUCAAAAGCAAAUCACACAUCCUGAGGUUUUUUUUUUUUUUUUUUCUCUAUAAAUAUAGAAAUGGUCACUUUCUAAAUCUGGCAGCGUGGAUGGGACUAAAUCCUCACUGCACGGAUCGGAUCCAUGUAGAAGGGUUUGUUUGGCCUAUUUUUAAAGAGGGGGGAAAAAAACCAUGAUAGACUGAGUGAUGGGUAGAUGAAUAAAUAAAUGUGUAUCUUUGGUAUUGUUUUUGAUGAAGACCAGAGUCAUAGCUGGCCUUGUUUUAAUGUAUCGUAUAACUGACUGGCAUGAUGUUUUAACCAGCAAGUGACAGACAGACAGGUGGACAUUCUCUUUGUAAGAAAUUUCAUUUCUUCAUUUAAUUUCAGCUCGGCCCCAUCUUUCAUGAUAAAAACCAAAUCAGUCAAGUUCAGUCUGACUGCGCAGGAUGUCUGAUGCCCCUCACCAUUCCUCAAAUUCCGGAAGUGGUGGCUCAAAUGGUUAAGGCUCUGGCUGCCUAAUUAGAAGGUUGAGGUUCAAGCUGCCACUGUUUGAGCAAGCUGCCUUGAGCAAGGCUAUUAACCCUGUCUGCUUUAGAGGUGCUGUAUCCUGUCUGACCCUGCAUUCUGAUCCCAGCUUCCUAAAUGGUAUAUGUGGGGGGGGGAAA